AUGUCGGAUCCUCCAAAGAAAGUUGUUCUUCGCGUCCCUGCAACGACGGCGAAUUUGGGCCCAGCGUACGAUGUUCUUGGCAUGGCUCUCUCCAUCUUCAUGGAGGUGACGGUGGAGCACGCCGAUGAAUUCUCGGUGCAUCUCGAAGGCGAUGGAAGUGAGCACAUAAGCGCCGACCGCGAAAAUCUGAUGGUGAAGGCGUGCGAACUUGCCUUUACUGAGUUUGCAAAGAAGGAGAUGCCCCCACUGAAGUUCAUCAUGAAGAGCAAUAUUCCUUUUGGGUGUGGGUGUGGCUCUUCUUCUGCCGCUGCUGUGGCAGGAUUUGUUGCCGGGAUGAAACUCUGCGGCCUCACAAUGAAAACCGAAGAGGAAGAAGCUCUUCUGCAGGUGAUUGCCAGAUUUGAAGGCCAUCCUGACAAUGCAGCCCCCGCAAUUUAUGGGGGUAUUCAACUGGGUUACAAAGACAAUAAUGGCCGGUUUUUAACUUAUCGAGUUCCCACACCCGCGUCUCUUUUGGUUGUUUUAUUUGUCCCGAAGAAUAAAAUGAAGUUAAAUACGCACGCAACUCGUAAUCUAAUUCCAAGCAGUGUUUCGCUCGAAGAUACCGUUUUUAAUAUUUCCCGUUCCUCCAUUCUUGUACUGGCGCUCUGUACCGGGGAUCUUCGCUUGCUCAAAUCUUGUGAUGACAAACUGCACCAAAAGCAACGGGCUGAUGCCCUUUUCCCUCAUUUUCGUCCUUGUGUCGAUGCCGCCAUGGCUGCUGGUGCCCACUACGCCUUUCUUUCAGGUGCUGGACCCUCAGUGUGUGCACUUGUAGGUGGCCGACACGGCGACCCCUUGACUCAGCCGAGAGGCGAGCGCAUUGCUGAGAGUGUUGCUGAGGCAAUGAUUCAGGCAGCAAAUGCUGUGGGUGUAGCUGGACGUGCCAUUCUUACGCAGCCAUCAGACCAGGGGGUUCAUUGUGUUGGGGUGACAACCAUUCGACCGGACAUGGAGUACAUAUCAAUUUGA